GAGGUUAAAUAUAAGUCACACUGCCACAUGGGCCUUCUUGUGUUCUUUAAACAGGGAAAGAAUGAUUUCUAUUUCUCCACUACUAAUCACUAAUGCCUGCCGCAGUAUAUAAUUAUUUGUUUUGUCAUUAAUUGUCGUUGUUUCCUACUAGGAUGAAGUUCCACGAGGGCAGGGAUUUUGUUUUGUUCACUGCUGCAUCCUCAGCCCCUAAAACUGCCCGGCACAUAGUAGGUGCUCAAGAAAUAUAUGAAGGGCAGGACGAGGGGGCAAGAGGCCCCGUUGCGGACCGCGCUCUCUGAGCCUGCAGGGGGCGCGCUAGACACGCCUCCAAAGCUAGGCCCCGCCUCUCGCUUCCGGCCGUCGCUUGUGCGUUGGAGCCUGCGCGCCACCGUCCUUCUUUCAAUUGCGCAGGCGCGCCGGAAGCGCUGUCAGAGCGACGCGUGCGCCGUGGGAGCCGGAGCGGGGCCGGAGCGGACCUUGAGCUGGGUCGUGUCAGAACCGCAGCCGGACUCGAGGGGCGCCAUGCUGUCACCGGAGGCAGAGCGGGUGCUGCAGUACCUGGUCGAGGUGGAGGAGCUGGCCGAGGAGGUGCUGGCGGACAAGCGGCAGAUUGUGGACCUGGACACUAAAAGGAAUCAGAACCGAGAGGGCCUGAGGGCUCUGCAGAAGGAUCUUAGCCUCUCUGAAGAUGUGAUGGUUUGCUUUGGGAACAUGUUCAUCAGGAUGCCUCACCCUCAGACAAAGGAGAUGAUUGAGAAAGAUCAGGAUCAUCUGGAUAAAGAAAUAGAAAAACUUCGGACACAACUUAAAGUGAAGGUCAACCGCCUCUUUGAGGCCCAAGGCAAACCGGAGCUGAAGGGUUUUAACCUGACCCCCCUCAACCAGGAUGAGCUUAAAGCUCUCAAGAUCAUCCUGAAAGGAUGAGACUCAAGAAGCAAGAUGGGGGACCAAGACCAGCAUCGCCUCUGGGGUCAUGGAGGACCCAGGACCUUCUAAGCUUGAAACCUGCAAAGAUAGCCUCUGCCCUCAGGCGUCAGGAAUCUGGCCGUGACUCCUGUACGAAGCCUCGUGUGCGCCUUGCUUGGCUGCUCUGUGAUGGCAGGAGGGAGGCCUCGGCCUGCCGGUGUCUGCCGGACCUGACCACCAAGGCUUAGUGCACACAGGACCUAUUGACAGGCCGCGGCGGCCACCAGUGGGUGUGUGGGGCAGCACCUGCGGGGGCGUGAGAAUGACUGCAACAGGCACUUCUCAACAAUGGCCUGCUGUUGACAGGGCCCUGGCAGGGGAGAAUGGAGAGGGGCGGAGCGGGAUGUCAUGCCAGCGUCCCUCUUGGAAAAGAGAUGUUUUCAGGCAGGUGUAGCGGAACUGGUAGAAAGCAAGAAGCUCACGAGUGGUUUGUGAAUGCAAGACAGACUCUUGGUGCCUUUUGUUCACCACAGCCGUCCGUGUGGCAGACACGCAUUUCCACCACUGCCUCCAGUCUUGCCCUUUCUUCCUGCUUGCUUCCAGGAGUAUGUGCUGCUUAUCAACCCAUGGUCCUCUUUACUCAGGAGGGCCUUGCAGAGUCCUGCACUGGGAUGGGUGAGCGGGGCGGCGCUUAACAUGCCACGUGUCAGGCAUGCCCCUCCACCACCUCUGAAAGCAGGGCCUGGCCAGCGCUGCUCAGAGUCCCGUCUGCCUCAGUGGUCUGAGGUCCUAGUGUGAAUGUGCCGUGAGGACAAAACUGUCUUGGUGUUCCUUGAGGUCUCAAUAAAUGUCAGCUGAAUGAAAUAGCA